CCCCUCCUCCAACACCCGACGCCACGCUCGACGUCGACGCUGAACCGCGUUACUUUCGCUCGAACGCACAUCGCGACGCGACGACGAUGGCGACGACGAUGGCACUCAUCGUCUAUGCGGUGCUGUUGACUUUGACAUGUGUUGUGCUCUCUGAGCCCACCGCGGGGUCAAGACCAUCCUUGUUUCCCAAAGAUGGAACGGCACGCAUCGGCUCCACAUCUCAUUCACUCAACGUAUCUUCAUGUCCCGGCUAUACGCUGGACUCUUUGAGCGAAUCAAAGACGGGCCUCACAGCGCAAUUGCGGCUCGCAGGGGAUGCUUGCGACGCUUUCGGCACGGAUAUCGUGGAUCUAAGUCUGCAGGUAACCUACGACACCAAUCAGAGGCUCCGUGUCAACAUCUUCGAUACUGCGCAGUCGCAAUUCACCAUCCCAUCGUCGGUUAUUUCCGUGCCUCCCGAACCUACCGAAAGUUACGCGCAGACGUCAGACCUCGUGUUCAACUACGAGUCGUCGCCUUUCGCAUUUUGGAUCAGUCGUCGGUCGGAACCAGAUGCGCUGCCAUUAUUCGAUACUCGAAUCAGCUCAUUGCCUCCCACGCCGAUCCCGCCACUCAAUGAAAGUGACCCGUCCACUGCAUUGGAUGGGUUCCCCUUGGUAUUUGAGGACCAGUACCUCCAGCUCACGUCCGCUCUUCCGUACGAUGCCAACAUUUACGGGCUGGGUGAAGUGAUUGCAAGCAGCGGUUUCCGGCGUGACAUAGGAACCAGUGGGGGCCCCGGGACAAUCCAGACUAUGUGGGCCCGAGAUAUCGACGAUCCAGUGGAUGAAAAUGUCUACGGCUCGCAUUCCGUAUACCUGGAGCACCGUUACAAUGAUACUUCGCGGAAAGCCCAGUCACACGGAGUCUUCCACUUCAGUGCUGCUGGUUCUGAUACGUUAUUGGCGACUCCGCCGUCGUCUCCCGUCUCCCUAAUCCAAUACCGCGCCGUGGGAGGCACCUUCGACUUCUAUUUCUUCUCGGGCCCCACUCCCCAGGACGUAAUCGAGCAGUACGGCCAGCUCAUAGGGCUGCCAACUUGGCAGCCUCUCUUCGGUCUUGGCUUUCAUUUGUGCAGAUGGGGUUACACGAACAUUACGGAGACAAAGGAACAAGUGACCCGGAUGAGGGAAGCAAAUAUCCCCCUUGAAGUGAUGUGGAAUGAUAUCGACCUCUACCACGCUGUGAGAGACUUCACUACGGAUCCCGUGUCUUACCCUGCAGAGGAAGUACGGGCGUUCAUUCAAGAACUGGCGGCCAACCAUCAGCACUACAUACCGAUUGUAGAUGCCGCCAUCGCCAAGCAAGUCAAUUCAACCGAUAUUUACGACCCGUACACGCGGGGUGUGGAGCUGAACGUGUGGGUCAAGAACCCCGAUGGGUCCGAAUACGUCGGUCAAGUGUGGCCGGGCUAUACGGUGUUUCCCGACUGGUUCUCUGACAACAUCGAAGACUACUGGACGGAGGCGCUCAGCAACUGGUCACAAGGAGGCGUCGAAUUCUCGGGAAUCUGGCUGGACAUGAAUGAGGUGUCUUCCUUCUGCAACGGCUCAUGCGGUACUGGGGCUGAUCUCUCUACCCCAACCCCGGUUUCUCUGCCUGGCGAUCCUGGCAAUCUCGUCACGGACUAUCCCGAAGGCUACAAUGUGUCGGUUUGGGGCCCGAGUGGAAAUAUCACGAUCAACGGUACUUUAACAUACGCCGCGAAUGAGCGUUCGUUUGCUCCUGUGACCAAGAGGGGCGUUGGCGCCGGCGAGCAGUCUGGCGUCAAUCUGAACUUCCCGCCAUAUGCCAUUCAUAACGGGUUCGGUCCGCUAUAUGUCCACACUCUCGACACGAACGCUACUCAUGUUGGCGGCUAUGCCGAGUUGGACGUCCACAACAUGUUCGGGCUGAUGGAGGAGAAGACGACCCAUCUCGCUGUUCAGAAGGUUCUUGGUAUUCGUCCGUUCCUCAUCAGCCGCUCGACGUUCCCCAGCUCUGGCAAGUGGACUGGCCACUGGCUCGGCGAUAACCAUAGCAAGUGGUCGUACAUGUACUACAACAUCCAGGGCGUCCUGCAAUUCCAACUGUUCCAGAUCCCUAUGGUCGGCGCUGAUACCUGCGGGUUUGAGGGUAAUACGGACGAAGAGCUGUGCAGCCGAUGGAUGCAGAUGUCAGCAUUUAUGCCGUUCUAUCGGAACCAUAACCAGCUUUCGGCGCUGCCACAGGAACCGUACAGGUGGGACAGCGUCGCGAAUGCCUCCCGCACGGCGAUCAGCAUCCGUUAUUCCCUGCUGCCCUACUGGUACACGCUGUUCGCCAACUCGUCCACGUGUGGCUCACCGGUCGUGCGCGCCCUGUUCUACGAAUUCCCGGACGAGCCGGAGCUGUUCGCGAUUGACAGGCAAUACCUCGUAGGGCGAGACGUUCUCGUGACGCCAGUUUUGACCCCAAAUGUCUCAACGGUUGACGGUAUGUUCCCCGGUAGGGGCCAGGUGACAUGGCGCGAUUGGUACACGCACGAAAUUGUCAAUGCUACUUCCGGCGGAAACACCACCUUGGAUGCCCCGCUCGGACACAUUCCCGUGCACAUCCGGGACGGAUCGGCGAUUCUCUUGUACGGGGCGUCUGCCUACACGGUCGAGGAGACGCGCCAAGGGCCGUACUCUCUACUCGUCUCCCUGUCACCCGACGGGACAGCAUUUGGUACGGCAUACGUCGAUGACGGGCUGAGCGUCCCGCCGACUCCGAACACGACUCUGACCUUCGUCGCCGGUAACGGCACGCUGUCAAUCAUCAGUAACGGUGACUUCUCUAUUCAGCAGGCUCUGCGAGAGGUGACGAUCCUGGGGACUGGGCAAGCGAAGCCAGAAUCUGUCAUCGUACCGGGGCAGAUGAACGCAACGUGGACUUACAAGCCUGACACCGAGGAGCUCGUCGUGACCGGGUUUGAUUUGGAUUUGAACAACGACACUCUCAUCUCAUGGAUGUAACGAAUUGAAUCUCGUGUGCAUAUGUUCUCGUCCCCUUGCGUCAGGAUGGAAUGUAAUGAAUAUCUCUCGUAGUAUUGUCGUCGGACGGCACACCUUGACUCACCGCUGCCCAACUUUGAGAAUUUAACCUCGUUGCAAUGGUAGAUCGAUAGACGCCCAUAACGGA